AUGGCUUCGCCCAAAAACAAGCGGGAAGUACAAAGAUUAACCGGAAGAGUCGCAGCACUUAACCGAUUCAUCUCACGAUCAACGGACAAAUGCUUACCUUUCUACGAUAUCCUACGGGGGAACAAAAAAUUCGAGUGGUCAGAAGAGUGCGAAAACGCUCUUCAACAGCUGAAAUGCUACUUGACCACUCCUCCGUUUCUCGCAAAACCUGUCGAAGGAGAAACCUUGUUCUUAUAUAUCGCAGUAUCAGCAACAGCUGUAAGCGGCGUUCUGAUCAGAGAAGAGCGCGGUGAACAGAAACCCAUUUUUUACAUAAGCAAAACAUUGCUAGAUGCUGAGUCACGGUAUCCGCUAAUGGAAAAACUAGCAUACGCAGUCGUAACAUCGGCACGAAAGCUCAUACCGUAUUUACAAUCCCUCACGAUCGUCUUCCUCACGACCUUGCCUCUUCAGACGAUUUUGCAUAGUCCGAGCCAGUCGGGAAGACUAGCCAAAUGGGCAGUCGAGUUAAGUGAGUACGAUAUAGAAUACCGACCAAGAACGAGUGCAAAAUCCCAAGUACUCGCAGAAUUUUUGGUAGAGCUACCGACAGGAACCGUGACUAACAAGGAACCAAAUUCAACAUGGGUCCUUCACGUCGACGGUUUGUCAUCUAAGCAAGGAUCGGGCAUCAGAAUUCGCCUCACGUCCCCAACCAGUGAAAUCCUAGAACAAUCGUUUAGACUGGAAUUUCACGCAUCCAACAACGAGUCCGAAUACGAAGCGCUCAUUGCAGGACUACGAUUAGCUCACGGAUUGAAGAUACGCAACAUCCAUGCCUACUGUGAUUCUCAGCUAGCCGCAAGUCAAUAUAGCAGAGAAUACGAAGAAAGGGAUGAAAGAAUGGAUGCAUAUCUCAAACUGGUCCAUAAUCUAGCUCAAGAUUUCGACUGUUUCGCUCUCAUGCGAAUCCCCCCGCUCCGAAAAUGUUCAAGCCGAUGCUCUCGCGGCCCUAGCAUCAAGUUCAGACCCAAGGAUCAAGACGACGAUGUAGAGGAGGUCGCAGUACAGCCAGAAGAAAGAUCAGAACAAUUCGACUACGGCUGUGAUACGCCAUGGCUGGAAACGAUUCGAGCCUACAUCAUCGACGAAAAAUUACCUCCCGAAAAAUGGGAAGCCCGCAAAAUCCAAACCCAUGUCGCGCGUUAUGUAACAGUCGAUGGGAAAAUUUACAAAUGGAAAUUUUCUGGACCACUCAUGACAUGUUUGGAAGGAGAAAAGGCGAGAAAAGUCAUGGAAGAAGUCCAUUCUGGAUUCUGCGGAAACCAUUCCGGUGGAAGGUCACUUGCAGUGAAAAUCGGAGAUUGUGAAAAAUUCGUACGAAAAUGCAAAAAAUGCCAAAGGCAUGCUCCGACCAUCCGACAACCAGCAGAAGUUCUUUCUUCCAUCACGUCACUGUAUCCUUUCAUGCGCUGGACCAUAGACAUCAUCGGACCCCUUCACAAUUCAAAGCAAAAGCGUUUCCUCUUAGUCCUCACUGAUUUCUUCUCAAAACAUGGAGUUCCUUACGAGAUCGUAACCGACAACGGAUCUCAAUUCAUUUCCACCCGAUUUGAAGCGUUCUGCGAAAAAUGGAAGAUACGAUUAAACAAAUCAACUCCCAGAUAUCCACAAUGCAACGGUGAAGCCGAGACAAACAAUAAGACCGUUCUAGACGGACUUAAGAAACGCCUAGACGCUAAAAAAGGCAGGUGGGCAGAGGAACUUGAGGGAGUUCUCUGGUCACAUCGCACGACCCCAAGAUGA